GACGGAGCCCCGAGCACCGUCUUGCAGACGUAUCUCGAUAACAAACCAUCAAACCAGACCUCCUUCGUUUCCAUCCGCUCGUGUGCGCCUUGCCGUGCCGCCGGUUUUUCUCAACUCUGUAAUUAUUUGCAAACAAUCCGUUACUUACGUAGCUUCCACCGUCUGCCAGGAUGAGCCAAAUCCUCACCCCUCGGCAAGCAGAGGAGCUGCACAAGGCCAUUAUCGCGUACCUCUCCUCGAGCAACCUCCCUAAUGCCGCAAAUGCCCUCAGAGAAGAAUUGCAGAUUGGCGACUCUUUCGAUGCCGCCACCUCGAAGAAAUAUGAGGGAUUGCUGGAGAAGAAAUGGACCAGUGUAGUGCGACUUCAGAAAAAGAUCAUGGAACUUGAGUCUCGAAGUGCUUCUCUGCAAUCAGAACUCGACAAUGCGACACCAACCUCACUAUCUCGACGGAAUCAGGACCCUACCAGCUGGCUGCCACGUUCCCCCGCCCGACACACCUUACAAUCCCACCGCGACCCGAUCACCUGCGUAGCAUUUCACCCCGUCUUUUCGUCGCUGGCCUCCGGUUCCGAAGACUACACCAUUAAAAUCUGGGACUGGGAGCUGGGCGAACUCGAGAGGACGAUCAAGGGUCACACAAAGGCCGUUUUGGACGUUGAUUUUGGAGGGCCCCGCGGUGCUACGCUGCUCGCCUCAUGCUCGAGUGAUUUGACCAUCAAGCUAUGGGACCCCUCAGACGAGUACAAGAACAUUCGGACGUUGCCUGGCCACGAUCACAGCGUCAGUGCGGUUCGAUUCAUUCCGUCGGGGGCCGCAGGUGCCACAGGAAACCUUCUCGUGUCAGCGAGUCGUGAUAAGACAUUGCGGAUCUGGGAUGUGUCAACAGGUUACUGCGUCAAGACACUGCGCGGGCAUGCGGAUUGGGUACGAGAUGUCUGUCCUUCGCCGGAUGGACGCUACCUCUUGUCAACCGGGAAUGAUCAGACGGGCCGCCUCUGGGAUAUCAGCGCUUCGAAUCCCGAAGUCAAGUUGAUGCUGGUCGGCCACGAGCACGUUGUGGAAUGCUGCACGCUCGCACCGCCAACGGCUUACAGUCACUUGGCGUCAUUGGCCGGCCUGAAGAAGGCUCCGCCCGCAACGAACACGGCCGAGUUCAUGGCAACGGGCAGCCGUGACAAGGCAAUCAGGUUAUGGGACGCUCGUGGAAACUGCAUCAAGACUCUGCUGGGACAUGAUAACUGGGUACGCGCGCUGGUUUUCCACCCCGGCGGCAAGUACUUGCUCAGUGUAUCUGAUGACAAGACUUUGCGAUGCUGGGAUCUGGCGCAAGAGGGCAAAUGCGUCAAGGUCCUUGACGACGUCCACGGCCACUUUGUUUCUUGUCUGCGCUGGGCCCCUGGCAUUGCGCGGGAGGCGGCCACCAACGGCGAUGGUGCCAAUGGCGCCAACGGAACACCGAGCAAAGCGGCGGCAAAGCCCCAGGAUGUCUCGAUACGCUGCGUCAUCGCAACGGGAAGUGUCGACCUGAACGUGCGCAUAUUCGCCAAUUAA